CAUCACAGUAAGCAUCACCAUCCCUCCCACGGAGUCUGCUCUCUCAUUCCACGCCCUAUUGAAAUCAACACGGCUCGGGAAAUGAGGGACCACAACACCGCCUGAAGAUGGCAAACUCCACAGCUUCCUAUGACCAGCUGGUCUACCAGGUGGAAGCUCUCCGCCAGGAGAACACCCAUCUGCGGAGAGAACUGGAGGACAACUCCAACCACCUGUCCAAACUGGAGAAUGAGACCUCCGAUAUGAAGGGAGUUCUGAGGGGCCUUCAGAACAAACUGGAGCUUGAAGCGGGUACUUUGGCCUCCUCCGGGAGGACUGAUGUGCUGGACCAGCUCAAAGAGUUGCACAUGGACCUGACCAACUACUAUGAGCUGAAGUACCAACCGCACAACCUGCGAGGUCUCCCAGACAGUCUGACCAACCUGGCGGCGCCAUCCACUGACAUGGAUGAACGCCUGGCCAGCCUGCCUCCCUCCUCCAGAGCCAGGAGCCCACUGAGACCUUCGUCCCGCCAGAGCUCCUCUCUGUCUGGUGAGGGCGCAGCCGUGCACCCCGGACACACAUACCCCAUGGACGGUAUCCUGGCCAAAGCCAUGCUCGGGGAUGGACGCAUUAUGGCCCAGCAUCUGGAGGAGCUCUACAAAGAGAGAACGAUGCUGCUGAGUGAGAUAGAUAAGGAGGAGCGGGAGCGUCAUUGGUACUACAGUCAGCUCCAGGGCCUCUCUCAGCGACUGAACCAGCUGCCGCGCAUCGACACAUUCUCCAUACAGAUGGAUCUCAUUCGCCAGCAGCUGGAGUUUGAGGCGCAGCAGUUACGUUCCGUCAUGGAGGAGCGCUUUGGAACCAGCGAUGAAAUGGUCCAGAGGACGCAGAUUCGUGUGGCUCGACUGGAACAGCUGGAGAAAGAGUUGCAGGAAGCCCAGGAGUCCAGAGGGGCCCCGGAAAAGAGCCUGUGUGAGAUCUCUAGCAGUGAAAAGCCACCCAUUUCUGAAACUGAGAAUGCGUCUUCUGCAUCUGCUCUUGAUGCACAAGGAGAUGGGAGCAAAGUGGAAAUGGUGUUCUGGCUGCUCUCCAUGCUGGCCAACCGGGACAGGGAGGAGAUGUCCCGCACUCUGCUGGCCAUGUCCAGCUCCCAGGACAGCUGCUUUGCCAUGCGCAAGUCUGGCUGUGUGCCUCUCCUGGUGCAGAUCCUGCACGACGGCCCAGGCGGUGGCGCGGACUCGACCGGGAGUGCUGCGUGCAGCCGGGAGGCCCGGUCCAGAGCAAGCGCAGCGCUGCACAACAUAGUGUACUCCCAACCCGACGAGGGCCAGGCCCGGCGGGAGAUGAGGGUGCUUCAUGUGCUGGAGCAGAUCCGCUCGCACUGUGACAGCGGCUGGGAUUGGAUCGAGAGCCACGUGGCGACGCCCUCCCCCAGAGGUGCCACAACCACAGAAAUACCAGAGCCUUUGGAACCCCAGAUCUGCCAGGCCAUGUGUGCUGUCAUGAAGCUCUCCUUUGAGGAAGAGUAUCGUCGGGCCAUGAAUGAAUUAGGGGGCUUGCAGGUAGUUGCAGAACUGAUGCACUUGGACCAUGAGCUGUACGGAAUGCAGAACGAUCCCAUCAAUAUGGCACUGCGACGCUACGCGGGAAUGGCGCUGACAAACCUCACUUUCGGAGAUGUCGUCAACAAGGCUACUCUCUGCACCAAGAAAAGCUGUCUGCAGGCGAUCGUUGCCCAACUUGCAUCUGAUAGUGAGGAGCUACAUCAGGUGGUGUCCAGUAUUCUGAGAAAUCUGUCAUGGCGGGCAGACAUCAACAGUAAGAGGGUCCUUAGAGAUGUAGGGAGUGUAACGGGAUUGAUAACCUGUGCUCUUCAAGCCACAAAGGAAUCCACAUUAAAGAGCCUCCUCAGCGCUCUGUGGAACCUGUCAGCACACAGUCCUGAGAACAAGGUAGCUAUUUGCUCAGUAGAUGGGGCUCUUGGCUUCUUAGUCAGCACCCUCACCUACAGAUGUCAGACCAACUCACUGGCAAUCAUCGAAAGCGGAGGUGGCAUCCUGCGCAAUGUGUCCAGUCUUGUGGCCACACGGGACGAUUACAGGCAAAUCCUCAGGGACCACAAUUGCCUCCAAACACUUUUACAGCACCUGCGCUCUCACAGCCUGACCAUUGUGAGCAAUGCUUGUGGGACCCUUUGGAACCUGUCUGCUCGUAGUACCAAGGACCAGGAACUCCUCUGGGACCUGGGAGCUGUCAGCAUGCUGCGCAACCUCAUCCACUCCAAGCACAAAAUGAUCGCCAUGGGAAGUGCCGCAGCUCUACGGAACCUGCUUACGAACCGUCCCCUCAAGUAUAAGGAUGCGGCGGUCAUAUCUCCUGGUUCUUGCAUGCCCUCGCUCUACAUGAGAAAGCAGAAGGCGCUGGAGGCCGAGCUAGACGCAAAGCAUCUGGCAGAGACAUUUGAUUCAAUUGAGAAACAAAGCAGCCCCAAGCAUCCUAGCAUCAACAAGCCGCUAAGGCAUAUUGAGAGUCUGGCAAAGGAUUAUGCAUCUGACUCUGGUUGCUUUGAUGACGAUGAAGCACCUAAUGUCACCAGUAGUCUGGACACAGGGAGUUUUUCCAUGCUCUCCAUGUUCCUGACUAAUUCCAACUUUCUUCAAAAUCAGGUGCGAAAGAAGGACAGUGAACCAGAAAGAGAUGUGGAACCCCAACAGACAGAAAACAAGAGGCAAGCAUUUCCCGAAGAUGAGGUAUCUGUUGCAGCAGAAAAGUUGGCAAAAAAGAUCACCAACACUGUGGCCAAAAUUGAUAAGUUAGUGGAGGACAUUACCAUGCAUACAUCUUCGGAGGACAGCUUCAGCCUCAGCUCGGAGGACCACUUUGCGGACUGGCCCUAUGGAGCUGAUGAACUUCAUGAAGCCAGGGCCAAGUCGUGUUCCCCCUGUCGCCUCUCAGAUACAAGCAGUUUUGCACACAGAGAACGUCUUAGCAGAGCUCAUGCUCUCUUACGCCUCAAAACCACCCAUGCAAGUUUGUCCACUGACAGUCUAAACAGUGGCAGCACCAGUGACGGCUAUUGUGGCAGCAAGGACCAGAUUAGGCCCUCAGCAAGAUCAGCAACAGUUCAAAGAAGGCCUAACAAGCUUGAUCUGAAAGGGGCUCAUCAAGAAUAUCUUAACAUCAAAGCUCAUGUACUCAAUGAAACGAAUCAGAUUGAUGUCCCAGAAAGAGAUUCAGUAGACAAUAAAGUAGAGAAAAUACCUGAGCUAAAUAGCACAGAAACAGAAAAGAGCCAAGAGAUGCCCUUGCAAACACCAGUUAGUGCAUCAACAAAGGUGUCUUCUGACGUCAGUAUGACUUCCAUAAAGCUGUCCCCUUCUUACCAACACAUCCCUUUAAUUCAAAGUGUCGCCAAGUUCGGUGUUGCAAAGACUGCCAUCAAUGUGCAGGCAGCUCAAGCUAUGAGGAGACAAGCAUGGGUCCCAACUGUGAUGACUGGGGGAAGUUUAACCAAGUUCUCUCCAAUGAGCUCUGCUAGAAGUCCAAACAUUGGACCAAUGGAGACACUGCAGAAGUAUUCAGUGGAGAACACGCCAAUCUGUUUCUCACGAUGCAGUUCCCUGUCUUCUCUCUCCUCUGGUGAUGAAGCUCUAGAUGGGCAGAGUCAAAGUGAAAAUGAGUUAGAGAGUGACUCAUCACUUGAGAUCCUUGAAGUGGAAGAUGGGAAUCUGGUAAAAAGGGAGGAGGAGAAUGAGACCCUGGAGGAUCUUAGUGAUAGCCAACUACUGGUCACUGAUUCAAAAACGUGUCCAAGCAUUGGUUCUGAUCCUAUGGAAAUUCCAUGCCCCACCAAAUGUGAAAAGGUGUUUCUCAGGGGUGUAUCACCAGGCAUACUUGAAGACAGAUCACCUUCCAGUUCAUCCGAGAACUACAUCCACGAGACCCCACUUGUGAUGAGUCGCUGUAGCUCUGUCAGCUCACUGGGUAGCUUUGAGUCACACUCAAUUGCCAGCUCGAUACUUAGUGAUCCCUGCAGUGAAAUGGUCAGUGGGACAAUAAGUCCAAGUGAUCUUCCUGACAGUCCAGGGCAAACCAUGCCCCCCAGUCGUAGCAAGACUCCAUGCUUUACUGAAUCAAAUGGGCCAGAAACCCAAAAUGCCGGCAUGACAGGGCAGUGGGAAAGCAGCUUGCGCAAGUUCAUGGAAAUUGCCGACUUUAAAGAAAGAUUCAACCUGCCUCCAGAUUUGGACAUGAUUUAUUUUACAGUGGAAAAGCCAACAGAGAACUUUUCAUGCGCCUCUAGCUUGAGUGCUCUACCACUUCACGAGCACUACAUUCAGAAGGACGUGGAACUGAAAUUGACCCCCUUACUCCAGCAAAAGGACAACAAUCCAACAUUCCCAAGGCCACAUGGAGAUAGAGAUGACAAUCAGCAUCCUUCCUUUAUAGACCAAGGGGAAAGAUAUAGUGAGGGCAAUUCAGAUGAUGAUAUAGAAAUUCUCAAAGAGUGCAUCAAUUCAGCCAUGCCUUCCAAGUUCAGGAAAGUAAGGCCCUCCCUCAUCUCCACUUUACCCACCCAUGUGCUAAACUCCCAAAGUCGAAAAGCUAUACCCGUUUAUAUGAUGGUUCCUAACAGUAGCAAUCAGAGGUGCACAGGGAGAAGGAUUGUAAUGCAACAAAAAGACUUACACCAUGAUGACUCAUCAUACACUGAUUCUGCUGAGGGCACCCCUGUCAACUUUUCCAGCACAACGUCGUUAAGUGAUGAAACACUUCAAUACCCAGUGAGGGACAAGGGGGAAAAAGAUUGGAGAGUUAUGAAUACAAACAAACAGGAAUUUCUGGAUAAUGAGGCGAAGAGAAUUGAAGACCUUCGGGUUUUCUCCCACACCCACAAGCCCACAAAAAUAACCAGUCAACCUGGCAUACCGACCAAUCAAAUGAGCCGGUCUAUCAAACACGUCAUUCCCACUCAAAGAGUACUGAUGCAGAGCAAAGAGGUGGCUGAUAGAGUGGCUAAUCAGAGAAACCGUGAUCAGUCUCCCAAUCAACAGCAAUCAAGGCAAAAGCAGGGACAGGUCCUGACAAGGAAACUUGAUCUUCCUGUAAUAAAGCAAAACACAGAAGGGAACCAAAACCAGAGAGCACUCCAAGGGAAUACGGCUUUUCAGUCUGUGCGCAAUGCAACGGCUACUGAGGAAGCCAUUUACUGCUUCUACGACGACAAGACAGACAAAGAGGAAGAAGAUAUGAAAAGGACUGGGAGAAAACAGGUGAGAGAAUCCAGCAGGAACACUCUGUCCCGUAGCAUGACCAAUAUUGGUCGAAUUGACAAUUCCCAGACAAGACCCAAAGGCUUUAAUAGGAUCAAGCAGAAACUAAUUAUGGAUGAAACACCCCCAUGUUACUCACUCAGUUCAUCUCUUAGCUCUUUGAGUGACGCAGAAUUUGAGGAACACCAAUCGAAAGCCCAGCAAGUAUGGGUAAAAAACAAACACAACAAGAUAUCUAACCAGGUCCAACAAACCAGACCAAUGCACAUUCACAAUCAGUAUGAGGAGCAAAGCUCUCCAAGCUCAGUGAGUAUGGAUUCAGAGGAUGAUCUUCUGCAGAAAUGCAUAACAUCUGCAAUGCCAAAGCAGAGGAAGAAGCUCUCUGCAAGAAGGAAAGCAGAGAAAAAGCAGAAACAAAGAAACAACAUGCAGAAAAGUGGAUGGAACAAUGAACUAGACUUUGAUAGUGAUGACAUGGCAUCUGAUAAAGACUCAGACCUCAACAGUGUUGAAUGGAGAGCAAUACAAGAGGGAGCCAAUUCUGUUGUUACAAGGUUACAAGCAUCAAAGUCUCAAGAACCAUCUUCUGAAGAGACAGAAUCUGUACUCUCAUUUAUGUCUGGAUCUAGCUUCACUCCUAAAGAAAAGAAGAUAUUUAAAGAUAAAAAAGCAAACAAACCCCUGGACUUUAACCAACGUAAGCCAGUUCCAAAUCUGCCAGUGGUCUUUAGAGGUAGAACAGUGACAUACACGCCUAAGAAAGAGACUAAUCUUUCACAAAUCCCUCCUCCAAAGAAGACUACACCUAAAACAGAUGCUCCAAAGAAUCCAGACUUUGCCCAACAGAGGUCAAGGAGUCUCCACCGUUUGGGACAACACCAUGACUCCACACAGUGGUGUUUGCCUAAAAGAAGCUCAACCCCACCGCCGAGGAUACCAAAGAGUUCAUCCUCUGGAUCAUCUCAAAGUUCUACUCCAUCGAGACAGUCCCAGAAGAAAAUAACUUCCCCCUCACAAACAACUAAUAAACAUGUUCCAAAAAAAGAUACCACUCCAGCAAGUCCACCUGAAAGGAAGGGACGUUCCACUGUUCCUUCAAAUCAGGGCCCUAAAUCCCCAGCACAUAAAACACAGAAGUCACCUGUCAGAAUUCCCUUCAUGCAGAAUGCAGCAAGACAGUCUAGAACUUUAUCACCAUUGGUUACCAACCAACCCACAAGUGUCAGCCGACAAAACAGUCAGUUAACAGGAAAAACAAUCCCUCCAGCCAAUCGUUUUGACUUGGUACGCAUGACUUCAGUCCAUUCUAGCAGCAGUGAGUCUGACCGCAAUGGUUUCCUGAGACAACUGACCUUCAUCAAGGAAUCAAAGUCUAUGAUGAGACGUGAUGGUUCAUCCUCACGUUCAGUUCCUACCUCACAGCACGCAUCGCCCAGAAGAGCAAUUCCAGGUGCUCCUGCAGUCUUCCUCUGCUCAUCUCGAUGCCAAGAGCUGAAGGCAGUUGCUCAGGGACCAAGAAGGUUGCAAGGAAAGGGGCCGGGGCCAGGGCCAAGGCAAGAGCCAAAACAGGGGCAGGACCAGGGCCUUCAAAAGCAAACUGUGGCGCUGUCCAGAGGUUGUUCUAGUGACCGAGAUCUCUCAGUGAAACGCCCAGCCAGGAGAACCAGCUCAGAAAGUCCUUGCAGGGUGCCUCAGAGGAAUGUGUCUGCAACCAAGCAGCAGGAGAGAGAUACCAUCAAACGGCAUUCCUCAUCACCCAGCAUAAACAUACUGAGCAGAGUAACUAGCCGCUCCUCUCUACGUUCCUCGUCCUCUGACUCAAGCGGCCGAGCCAAGAGUGAAGAUGAUACAAAGAAGAAGCAGCAGAAAACAGGAUCACGCCCCAAUGACAGAGUCACCUGGAGGAGAAUUCGGGAUGAGGACGUUCCUCAAAUAUCGAAGAACACUCUGCCAUCUACAGCACUGCCUCUGUUGCCUGUUCCUGAAGGGAAAAAACCCAAACCACCAGCACUGCCAGGGAAACUGCCGACCAUAUUACUUAAGUCAAGAAAGACAAGCGAUGCCAUAGUCCAAACUGAGGAUUUCUCGUCCAACAAGACCAACUCAAGCACCUCUCCAACUAUUGAGACUGCUCCAGUAAUCUCAGAAGAGGCAGCAAGACUAGUCCUCCUUAGAAAGAUCAGCAUUGCCUCUGGCCAAGAUGGAGACUCAGAUGGAUCCCUAAAGAGCUACAGCACAGCCUCUAACUCUUCAGAGACUCAUACAGGUGGCGUUGGCCAUUUCCGUCAGAGCUCGCCUAGCAAGGCUGUUAGGGUCACCCCAUUUAACUACAUACCCAGCCCAAUGGCCUGCUGUCUGCAAGACGCACAGAGCCAAGCAACAAUAAAUGAAAAGUCAUGUGAAAAGUUGGAGGUGUAGUACCUUCUACAUAGUACCAUAUGUACUUCUGCACAGUACAUGGUAGAAAAGAAGAAUCCUGUGUUCCUGAUUGAAACUAACUCUCAGGUGGAUUAGUUGUGUUUAUCAAUCUUUUUUACCUCGGGUAUUGAACCUUCUUUUUCCUCACAGCUUCACAAACGUGUCUUUAACAAAGAACACUUGUCAUUUCAAAUAAUCUGAUCCCACAUACCAUUCAUGCAAGUUGGAUGUAUGUAUUAAGGCAGGACUUGAAUGGGUAGAAUAACACUAUCCAUUAUAAAGGAGUUAUGGGGAGUAGCCUAAUCUCAUACAAAAUGGCGGUGCACUUUUUUGUACUUUUUGUAUUUGUAUAUAAACCAUUGCCUGUUAGAUGAGUAGUGUAGACAUGACAACAUACAAAAAACAACAUUUCCUGUGGAUUUUAGGAUAUUCAGCACCAUCAUCAAAACAAGGGAAGGACAAUAAAUGAAAAAUGAUAUGCAAAAAUAUAGAAUGAAAACUCUGGAAGAUUUGUGUAUUUUUGAAAAAGGUACUACUGUGGCUCAAAACUAAUUGAAAAGACUGCGGAAAUCCAUCAAAAUAUGGACAUCAUCUUAUGUAUAGUAUUUCUUAUGUACUCACAUCUUGCUGCUUUGCUAUCGCCACACUAUUCACUAUAACACUGUUAGCCUUCACUUUUAAACCACUGCAGGAAUUAUCAUUGCCAAUAUCUAACGUUAAACAAUCAGUACUGCUGGAACUCUGUGUUGUAUUCUUAAAAGCAGCAUUGUAAAUACAUACAGAGAUACAGCAGAACUUUAUAAGCUUCCCAGUGAGCCCAAAAACAACUAUUUGUUGCUCCUUACAGCAUGCUAAAUACACCUAUAUUACACCUGUUAAUAUUGUGGAUGUUGGACAUAAAUCACCUUUUCCUCAUACAUAAUUACUUACAAAACCCAAAAACAAGAGUCUGACAUGGGAACAAACAUGUAUUUAUAGUCCAUCUGCAAUGUGGAUCACGUGUCAAUGAGAAGAUGACAUGCUCAUCAUUGAUGCUCAACAUACAGUAGAAGAACGGGCUAAAUGACUGUAUUUCAACUUAUUAGCUGUAAAUGCCUUUGUCAAUUGAAUGCUAUUACAUUAUAUUGGUGUUUGCCUCUAGAAUCAGGUAUACUUAAAAGUAAUCAAAGAGCAGGAAACAGAAGUUGAUGGCUGAUGGUCGUUAAUAGAGAAACAACUGAUGGUCUACAGAAGUGUCCUCGUACAGAAACUACUCUUUAAUGACAUUCACAGAAAUGUGUUUAUAUUUGCUUAAGCGUCUUGCUGUCCGUAGUAGGUCAAAGAACUCAAGCAUUAAGACCUUAGAAAUUAAAAUGAAUAUUCUCUGUAGUUGUAACAUCACCUGUUCAUGUUCUCUGAGAGAUGUAACCACAGAAACGGCAAUUCAAUGGAGACAAGUGCUUGGCAGAAAUUAAACUAAUCUGGUGAGAUUUUCAUGUAAUUUAAGGGCUGUUUAUUCUGUUUAAAUGUGCAACGUUAAAUGUAAUAUUUCCAAAGCAUGUUUGAGUGAUGCAAGCCCUUUUGUCACACAAUGGCAAUUUCUAAUGUAUAAACAGCCCUUAAAGAUUGGUAGUGAGUAUGCAGUACAUAGGAAAGUGUUGUCAGAGACAGUAUUGUUAAAAGUUUGGAAAGAUCCGUACAGCUAAAAUGUUGUACACUGUAUGUACCGAAUCUGAGAAAAAGGUCCAAGAUUCUUCACCAUGAAUGUCAUAGACCUUGUUUACACCUGGCAAUAUUUAAACUUAUAUUAAUUACUUGUAAGCACAAAAUUAUUUGUUAACUGGUUGUGACCUCAUUAAAAAGUAUAAUAAAGUUACCUGCUUAGGUGGAAUAGAAAGUUGAUUUGCAAUAGACAUGACUUGGAACUGUACUGCUCUAAAAGUUAGGGUUUUUCCUGUGAAGGCUGGUGUAAUUAUUGUAUCAACCACUAUUACAAACAGAAUAUAUGAAGGACCAUAGGUUGAAUGCACGGAGGACAUAAUAGUGGGUGAUAUAACACAUCAGAUAUUAGGGUCAAGAAAUGUCAUGCCAGGUGUGAACGAGCCAAAGGCAAAUGGUACCAUGUGAUAUAGGCCAAGGAAUGAAAGUCAUCAUAAUAAAUGUUCUCAUCAAAUAAAAUGUGGCUGUGUUUCAAAUUCA